AUGAAACUUGGUGCCUUGUCCAAUCUCGUCAAACAACAAAAGCUUCAACAAGCAGCGAAAACAUUCCGACAAGAAGAAAUCGAAGGAUCUUCUUCCAAUGAAAACACCACAAAAAGUCUUCUCUUUGAUAUUGGUACCUUUUCGUUGAGAGCAGGAUUAUUGACCGCUGAUCACAAUCAUCAACCACAAAUUCAAGAUUACCACUCAUGGGUUUAUCGAUAUGAUUUCACUCAUGGUUUUUCUAGAGGUCUCGAUGAAAACAAAAGAUAUUUUGGAUUCAAAAGUCAUGAAUCAGCAUCCUUUGUUCCAUAUCCAAUUUUCAAACAGGGUGGUUGGUUGAGUAAUUUGAAUGAUUUUUCACACUUGAUUCAGGAAGUGGUGAAAAACGUUGAUCCAUCCAAACUUCGAUCCAGAACUGAGAAUUUACCAUUCCUAAUGACUGGAUUUGAAUAUUUGAAUGGACAGAAAAUGGCAUUGGGAAAAUUGACUCAAGUCGUUUUUGAAGAAUUGAAAAGCUCAAAAUUUGCUUUCCAAGAACAAACAAAAUGUGGAUUAUUUGCAUCUGGAUUGACCACAGGAACUGUUAUUAACAUUGGAUAUGGCACCAAUUAUUCAAUUUCUUAUCAAGAUGGUCAAGUACAAACCUUUGUAGAAAAUCACGGAUUGAAUGGAAAUUACUUGACCGAUGUAUUUGUAAAAAUCAUGACCGAUCGAGAACAAUAUGUUGAUACACGUUCGGAACGUAUUCGAGUGGUGAAAGCAAAGGAAGGUGCUUCUUUUGUUUCUUCAUCAUUGUUGGAUUCAGAGAAUGAACAGGUUCCUGCCAUCGAUUAUCAAUUGCCGGAUGGAAAAUUGAUUCAUUUGGAGAAUGAACGAUUUGAAGCUUAUGAAAGCUUGUUUGAUCCGACACGAAAUAUUAUUAAUCUUUACAAGCCGAUUGAAGAACAUUUUUUAUCUCUUCCCAAGAUGAUAUCCAAGAGUCAAACAACAACAACAACCACACUCAUCCAUACCAAAUCCAUGAUUGAGAAUAUUCUCUUGAUGGGAGGUGUCUGUUGUGUGGAGAAUUUACAAAAGAGACUCUUUAUGGAAUUGGAUCAAGAGUUUAAGGAUGACUCUCUGAAUUGGAAUAUCAAACAACCCAGAGAUGUUAAUUUAGCAUAUAAGGGUCUCUCCAUGCUUGCUUCUCUUUCUUCUUUUGAUUCUUCCUACAUUACCCGCCAAGAAUAUGAAGAGAGUGGAGAGAAUAUUUAUGUGAGACGUUUCCCUCGUGCCAAAGUGGUUGAGAAUGAAGAAGAGGAAGAAAAGAAGAGAAUUCAAGAUGAAAUCAAUGAGAGAAAUGAAGCUUUGAAAACAAAAGAAGAAGAAGAGAAAGAAGAAGAGAAACAACAGCAAGCCACAAAGGAAUCAGAAACCUCCAACGUUACUGCUGCUGCUUCAACUGAGACAACAACAACCACUCCUCCUGAGAAAACACCACAACCACAACAACAACCAACUCAAGAGAAAAAACCUGUGGCUCUUGAUUUUGAUGCUCAAAUGGAACAGUUAAAGAAACUCAAAGAAUUAUUGGAUUCUGGAAUUCUUACUCAAGAAGAAUUUAAUGAAAAGAAGAAGAAGAUUCUUGGACUAUAA